UGACAUAAUAAAAUUAAAUAAACACCAAGUAAUUAUUAAAAAUAGGUACAUAAGAAUAGAUAUAUAAUAUUAAUAUAACAGAAUAUUGUAAUGAGUUGGAAUAAAUUAAUAUGUAACGUACGAGAGCUUCAAUUAAGUGGUACACUUAAUGGGGGCCAAAGCUUCAGAUGGGAAUACAAUAAAGAAAUUGAUGAAUGGACGGGAGUGUAUUCGAAAACAGUGUGGAAAUUACGACAAAGAGAAGAUUUGCUACAAUAUAAAGUCGUAGGGUCAUUAUUAACAAAAAAUGUACCCAAAAAUAACAAAGAAAUUGAAAAAAAUAGUAUUUUUGAAGAGUUAUUGAAGAAGUACUUCAGAUUAGAUUUCAACUUAAGUGACUACUAUACGAAAUGGUCUGAAAAAGACGAUUUAUUUAGGGCAGCAUGUAAACAGUUCUACGGUAUAAGAAUGCUGGCUCAGGAGCCUGUGGAGAACCUAUUUUCAUUUAUUUGCAGUCAAAAUAAUCAUAUUUCUAGGAUAUCAAGUAUGGUUGAAAAGUUAUGUAAACACUAUGGUGAAGAAAUCUGUGAACUUGAUGGUAUGAUGUAUUAUUCAUUCCCUGAUGUAGAGAAACUGGCAAACCCACAGAUAGAGUCAGAGUUGAGACAGCUAGGUUUUGGUUAUAGAGCUAAAUUUAUUCAAAGAUCAGCCGCACAAAUUGUGGAAUGGGAAGGAGAAAAGUGGUUCACCAGUCUCCAAGAUAUGAAGUAUAAGGAGGCGAGACUAGAACUCAUGAAGUUGUGUGGGAUAGGACCGAAGGUAGCAGAUUGCAUAUGUCUAAUGUCGCUGAACCACCUUGAAGCGUUGCCCGUGGACACCCACGUGUAUCAGAUAGCUGCUCAGAACUACUUGCCUCACUUGCGUGGAAGGAAGACUGUGACCGACAAGAUGUACACUGAAAUUGGGGAUCAUUUCAGAAACUUGUAUGGGGACUUGGCUGGAUGGGCGCAUACUGUACUGUUUUGUGCAGAUUUAAAGAAAUUUCAACACAGCGACGAUGCCGAAGAUGUAAAACCUAAGAAAAGGAGAAAAAAAUAAUUCUGUGAUAAUAACGUAAAUAAUAAAACAAAAAAUUCGUUAAAAUU